UAGCGCUGGAUCGGAGGAGGGCGGAAGUGUUGCGUUGUGUUAUGUUGCUGCUGCAACCCGGCCGCAUGUGUUGUCACACUCACCCGGAUCAUUAAAAAUAAAUAUUAGAGUUUCGCAAAGGUAGCCGAGCUAACUUCAUGUUGAACUGAGGGAAAGAUGACUGCCCAGGAGGCCCGCCUGUGUGGGCUUCUACUCCGGGAACACUUCGGAGAGGUGGUGGAGAAGAUCGGGACGCACCUCCUCAGGAGUGGGGCUCAGAACCUACGCACCAUCGUCAAUGAGAGUGGUACUCCGAUCGACCUGGUGAAGAAGUCUCUGUGUGUGCUGAUGAAGCAUGGCGCAUGCAGAUUCAGCAUAGGUCGCAAAGGACCAGGGAGUCCUGUGGAGUACCAAGCGAGCUGCGAGAGGAUCUUGGGGAUUCUGCGCUAUCCACGCUACAUAUACACAGCCAAGACACUCUACAGUGAUACGGGAGAGCUGAUCAUUGAGGAAUUGCUUCAGCGGGGCCACAUGACCAUGAGCAGUAUUGUGAAGAUGGUGGCCGACCGACUCACCCACAACAUGGAGGAGGGUCGCAGCAUAGAGUACAACGAGGUGGUCUCCACCUUCUCCAAGCUGGUCGAGACACACUUCCUGCAGCGAUGUCCCCCGGUGUCGGAGGUCGUGCCACCGGUCAGCACCGCUCCGACGGUCCCCGGAGCCCCGGCGGCCCCCGUCAGCACCGGCCCCCCCACCCCCGAGAGCUUCUCCGACUGCUACUUGGUGCCUAGCGUUUCGCUGGCGGGCCGGGGCAAACGAAGGCGCUCUGGUGAGGACGUGGUCUUGGACCAGGGGACCACCAAGAAAGCCAAGACGGACCUCCAGACACAUGGAGACGAGGGUAUCUACUGGCAGGUGAACUUUGAGAGGUUUCAUCUCCACUUCAGAGACCAGACCAUAAUAAGCGCCGUGGCCAGCAAACUGGACCAGACGAGCAGUGAGAUAGUGAGAACCAUGCUGAGGAUGAGUGAGGUGACCACCACCCCCUCUGCCAGCUGCACCCAGGCCCUGUCAGCCAAUGAGGUCUUCAGGUCCCUGCCAGCCAACUACAGCAUCAGCCGGCCCAUCUUGGACCAGUACCUCACAUUGCUGGUUGAUGACCCGAUGGAGUUUGUGGGGAAGACGGGAGACAGCGGAGGAGGAAUGUAUGUCGUCAAUCUGCACAAAGCGCUGACCAACCUGGCGAGGGCCACACUCGAGUCCGUGGUACAGGAGAAGUUUGGCUCCCGGUCUGCACGCAUCUUUCGUCUGUUACUACGGAAACGCCAUCUGGAGCAGAAGCAGGUGGAGGACUUUGCGAUGAUCCCAGCCAAAGAAGCCAAAGACAUGCUGUACACAUUGAUGUCAGAGAACCUGGUGCUCCUUCAGGAACUCCCCAAGACCCCGGACCAUGCCCCCUCCCGUACCUUCUACCUGUACACUGUCAACCAGCUGGCUACUGCUAGGAUGUUGCUGCAGCACUGUUACAAGGCCGUGGCCAACCUCAUAGACCGCCGCUUGUUCCAAACCAAGGAGAGCAAGCGUCUGCUGGAGAAGUCCCAGCGAAUCGAGGCCAUCAUGGCGUCGUUGCAGGCCAGCGGUGCGGAGCCUGAGCAGCUUACUGAGGUGGAGGAGAUGAUCAGCGCCCCUGAGAAGCAGCAGCUGGAGUCACUGAGACACCAUAUCAACAAGUUGGAUUCUGCAGAGAACCAGGUGGAUGAGACCAUCUUCCUGCUCAAGUCUUACGUGGCCUCCACUGCUAGGAUCACACGGUGAUGGCGUUACUGUCGGGACUUUAAUCUCCAUCGUUCUUAUUCAGACGAAGCUUCUCGCUACCUUCUGAUAUUGUGGUUGUUUAUCAGUUUGUUUUUGCUUUUGACCUUUUUCUUUCAGUUACAAUAAAGUUGUAUAUCUUCAGCUGAAUGAAGGUAAAACCAAGAGCAUCUGUUCAAACUCUUUUUAAUUUCGACAACAGACGGACAGAGACAGUGAGACAGACAUAGGACAACGUAAUGUGCUGAAAUGUAAAAUGAUGUCUGAAUAUUAAAUAAAAGGACAAUUGUUUAAUGCA